UUUCUAUGUUGCUCACUCCUCAUUUUGUACGGUGUUAAGCUGACUGACUCAGGGGCUGCCAUCUCUCACUGCAGCUCUCAGAUAACCUACAGAUUCAUACUUCUCACUUUCUGCCUGAUGAUCUGAAGAACUGCACGGUGGAGACUAGGCCCUGAUGUACUGCGAUUCCUCUGAUCCACCUGAUCCACCAAAAAAACAAGACCCGGAACCAAAGAUGAACUGGGCAUCAUUUUAUGCUGUCAUUAGCGGUGUGAACAGACACUCCACUGGCAUCGGUCGCAUCUGGCUCUCUGUCCUGUUUAUUUUCCGUAUCCUGGUCCUGGUAGUUGCGGCAGAGAGUGUAUGGGGCGACGAGAAAUCUGGCUUCACCUGCAACACCCAGCAGCCGGGUUGCAACAGCGUCUGCUACGACCACUUCUUCCCCAUCUCCCACAUCCGUCUGUGGGCGCUCCAGCUCAUCCUGGUCUCCACUCCCGCCCUGCUGGUAGCAAUGCACGUGGCCCACCGCCGCCACGUCGACAAGAGGCUCUACAAACUGUCAGGGCGGAGUAACCCCAAAGACCUAGAGCAGAUAAAGACCCAGAAGAUGAAGAUCACGGGAGCUCUCUGGUGGACAUAUGUCAUCAGCCUGGUGUUCCGUAUUAUCUUUGAGGUCACCUUCAUGUAUGUGUUUUAUAUGAUCUACCCUGGUUACAAGAUGAUCCGGCUGGUGAAGUGUGACUCGUACCCCUGUCCCAACACAGUUGACUGCUUCGUGUCGAGGCCCACGGAGAAGACCGUCUUCACCGUGUUCAUGCUGGCUGUGUCAGGUGUUUGUAUUCUGCUCAACAUCGCAGAGGUGGUCUUCUUGGUGGGGAAGGCCUGCAGUAAGCAUUUGAACAAUGCUGGAGAUUCGACUAUGGGGGCUUGGAUCCAACAAAAGCUCUGCUCGUACUAACAAAACACAUACCUGCACAAAGAGACAUAAAAGUGACCUUAGAUCCGGGUAAUAGCCAUUAAUUUAAUUCGUGUAAGGUGCAUAUAAUAUACUUUACAUUGCAGUUUGACAUGGUGAUGGUUUAUGAUGUCAAUGACGAAGCAUUCAGCGCCAACAUGCGGGGAAAAAAGUUCAUCAACUUCCUCACCAGACUUACCAAAGACUGAAUACAGCAGCACUUUGUACUGACCUGAUAUAUAACAGCUUGAGGUUUGUUAGAUCAAACAAAUAAAGAUCAAUUAAGUAAUAUUUUAUGAAGCUAUAUUCCAACUCACCACAUUAUGAGCUUUUGUUGUCAUGAACUUGAAGAUUUUUGGUCUUGAGAUGAAAAUAUUAAAUCAUGAAACGUCAACAUGCUACUUAAAAUCAUCAGACUGUGUCAGAAAAGUGUGCCAGGAAUAUGUUGUAGUGAUAUUUGGGGGGCAUUUUAAGCUAUCAUAUUGUCUAAAUCACUAUUUUAGCUGUCACUAAUAACAGCUGUUAUUAGUGAGAUAUUCUACUAAUACAUGGAAAAUCAUGUCUCAUUUCAUGAAUGUUAAAUGUUUGUUUAAUACAGAUUCUUUACUUUGGUGAGUCCAGAUAUAAACAAAGCAAUAACUCAAAGGAAGACAGAAAACUUGAAUUGCAAAACUUUAACUUUUUAUUUUCUGAAGUUUACUACUGAUUGCUAAACAUGUUAUUUAAAUGUAUUCAUUUUGAAGCUGGAUGUUUAUAUAUUGUCAGUACACAGCAGAAUAAAAUCAA